CCCGCCAAAAAACCAGCCGCCCAAGGCACCACCCACUCAGCAUCAAAGCAGCCACUCCGUAUCAUGGUCUCUAGCGCCUUUCAAAGCUUUCCUACCUAAGCCAUCCCCAUUCAUUGAAACGACAAAGUCCGACCUCGCGUCUCGACCUGCGUCCGUCAACAAAGACGCCCAUCUCUUCUCCUCGACCCCCUCCUGGCCUCAGGAAUGGUAGGCAAACACGGGCUCCCUUCGGGUCUCUCCGACGCCCCGUUCUCCCCAGUUCACAAGAAGCGGCGUAUCGUCAAACAAUCCAACGCCUGGGACGAUGCAGAUGUCGCCCAAGACUCCCAGCACAAGGCUUUCACCAAGGAUGAUGCAGACGCGCUGUACCGUCAAGUGGAAGACUUUGAGAAAGGGUACCAAAAGGAAAGCUGCAAAGUCUAUACCGACACGUCUCCCCGCGACGUCGAGCUACGCAUCACCCGCGUCACCCUCCACCGCCACAACCGCUCGAUCCGCGACCUCCUCCACUACGCCUUCUUCCCCGAUGCCUCCCGCGUCCUUCGACCCUCAGACGAGACCUACCACACCCUUACUGCGCACCGCGCCGCUCUCACGCGCCACCAAGCCCUCUGGCACCACCGUCGCGCCCGCCGCCGCACCCUCCGCGCCUCCCGCGCCCUCGCCCUCCAAACCGUGACCCUCGCCGCCACCGAGGCCGCCCACGACGCCGACGCCGAGCACGACCCUAACGAUCCCCGGGAUCCGUCCCGCCACCGCGUCGCCUUUGCCCAGCGGAGGCGCUAGUACCGCACCGUCAAGCGCGACAUGCGCCGCAGGGGCCAGUGGGUCUCCCGCGCGGCGCCCGGUCCGGGCGUCGAGUGGGAGCCCUUCGACGUCCGCGGGGACCCGGGCGCCCGCGUGAGCUUCUUCGAGCCAGUCGCCGGGGACUGGAUCCUGCCGGCCCAUGUCAGGGACGCGCGGGACCUCGAUGUGUUCCUGAACCAGCUGGGGCUGCGCUUCACGCUGGUGGAGAGCCCCUUGAGGGACCGACCGUGGGCUUGAUGUGUUGGUGGUUGUUAUUGUUUUCUUCUUUGGCUUGUACUCGGAUGGUGAGGCUUGGUCCGGCUACUUUUUGGCCGGGGUAGAUACAGCCCUUCGCGAAAGGAUGCAAGCCUGGGAUUGCAGUUGGAGAGACGGCUCUUGUUGAUGAUUGGCUCGACAGUUUCGUGUUGGAUUACGUCUUGGUCGUAAGUGUUGACUUGGAUCGCCU